AUGAGUCAAACCGAAGAAACACCGUCUGUGGAGCCUGUUGGCGAUGCUUCGAAAUUCCACAAACCCGGUGAGAACUAUAAUUCUCCUGGUUAUGUCAUCACAAAAUCGACAAAACGGCUUUUACGCGAGCACCUAAAGCGCACUGGUGGAAAAGUUGUGACUCGCUUCCCCCCGGAACCGAACGGUAUACUGCACAUUGGACAUGCAAAAGCAAUCAAUUUCAACUUUGGCUAUGCAAAGAAAUUAGGCGGUAUUACCUACUUACGGUAUGAUGAUACAAACCCCGAAAAAGAAGAAGAGGAGUUUUUCAAAGCAAUUAAAGAAAUGGUCCUUUGGCUCGGAUUUACACCGUAUAAGGUUACACAUGCGUCCGACCAUUUUGAUCAGCUGUAUGAAUGGGCAGUCCAGUUGAUUAAGCUGAAUCUUGCCUAUGUUUGUCAUCAACGACUUGAAGAGAUUCGGGGCUUCAAUCCUCCACCCUCACCAUGGCGUGACAGACCGAUCGAAGAGUCACUGCAAUUGUUUGAAGACAUGAAAAAUGGAAAGAUUGACGAAGGAUGUGCAACAUUACGCAUGAAAAUCACGCUUGGUGACGGUAAGGUCGAUCCGGUUGCUUAUCGAAUCAAAAUGGUACCACAUCAUCGUACGGGUUCCAAAUGGUGCAUAUAUCCGACUUAUGACUACACGCAUUGUCUGUGCGACUCGAUCGAGGAUAUUACCCAUUCGUUAUGCACAAAAGAAUUCCAGGCAAGACGUCCGGCCUACUAUUGGCUGUGCAAUGCACUCGACCUCUACUGUCCUGUACAGUGGGAGUACGGUCGGUUAAAUCUGAACUACAAUGUUGUAUCGAAACGGAAAAUCCUAAAACUGAUUGAAUCGGGGAUUGUUGCCGGUUGGGACGAUCCUCGCCUGUUCACACUGACCGCUUUGCGUCGACGUGGAUUCCCACCGGAGGCAAUCAAUAGUUUUUGCGAACGCAUCGGUGUGACAAUGUCCCAGACGGUUCUGGAUCCUUCAACACUGGAAGCCUGUGUGCGAGACUAUCUGAACGAUCAUGCACCGCGAGUGAUGGCUGUGCUGGACCCUCUUCACGUGUCUAUCACCAACUGGAGCGAACUUUAUCCAAACCAGAUGUCCGUUGAGUUGGACGUCCCGGAUUUCCCGUCGGAUCCCGAGAGUAAAACACACAAGGCCACACUCUCCCCGGAAGUGUUUAUUGAUUCGACUGAUUUCCAGGAAGUUCCGGAUAAGGGCUAUCGUCGACUUACUCCUUCCCAGUCGGUUGGUCUCCGUCACGCGGGUCUUGUUUUGGAAGCGACCGGAAUCAUGAAGGUGAGUAUUGUUUUUUUAUACAUAUUGACACACUAUCUCUCACUGACAAUUAGCAUAACAAGGCCUUUGUGUCGUGAGCGCUCAUCACAGUUUACCCCCGGUCGACCAACCGUUCUUAUUGAUGACCGCCAUGUCAUGGGGGAUUGUAACUUAUGCGAACCAAUUUGGCCCCCUAAAACCGACUGGUUUCCCAGAGAAUUCCCGCGCCCCCCCAUUUUUGUCUUUUAUGUGCCAACCAGAAAAGGUAAGUGA